AAGAGGUGUCUCAUAUAUAUAUAUUGCAUGUAUGAGAUAAAAGAGAUAUAUGAUUUAUAAGAUGUAUGGGAUGUAUGAGAUUUUCGAUAUGAGAUUCCUUUCACUGCGUUGCCGUGGAUACGGGUGUGUUGCCAUGGUAACGGUGCUACAGGCAAUCACAGUUCGACCAUCAGAGGAAAAGAGUGGAGCAGCAAAAUAUUUUAAUAACUUCAAAGCGGAGCAGAGCGACUGCAGAGACCAGAUCUGUUUCACCUGCUCAGGGUCUUCCUGACAGAUGCGUUUUGUCAUUAUGUAAAGAGGGGCUGCCAUGUUGGCCUCCUCUCUUCCCACAUCAUUCCUCCUCCUUGUGCUUCUCCUCUCCCAUCCAUCCCACUCUGUUGAUUUCAUCGUGACCUCUGACCCCUUGGUGCGGUGGGUGGAGGAGCAUGGCGCCCCUCUCUCUCACCUGGUGCUGGACCCGAAGGUGGGGCAUCUCUAUGUUGGUGGGGUCGACCACCUGUACCAGCUGACCUCUGACCUUGAGAUGAUGUCACACGUACGGACCGGCCCUUACCUGGACUCGCCAGACUGCCUCCCUCCGAUCGUCCCACAGGAUUGCCCCUCAGCGCAGCCCACUCACAACCACAAUAAACUGCUGCUGGUGGAGGCGGGGCAGGAGGACGGUCCAGGCGGCCUGAUCGUCUGUGGUUCGCUCUUUCAAGGAAUCUGUGAUAAAAGGAGUCUGUCCAACAUCUCUCAGCUCAUCUAUCAGACCACCAACCCAGUCGACACUCAGUACGUUGCUGCCAACGACCCUCGCGUCUCCACUGUUGCCGUGGUGAUAAACACGGAAAACAAACAGGCGGGAGGUGGGGCUGGUGGCAUACUGCGCUUGAUGCUGGUUGGUCGAGGCUACACUAGUAAAGGUCCCGGCGACAUCCCUCCAAUCACGACGCGGCGUUUGUCCCCGGUGCUCCCGCCUCGUCGGGCCUUCUCUCAGGAGGAGGACCUGGGCAAACUGGUGGUGGGAAGCUACUCUGAGUACAACAAUCACUUUGUCAAGGCCGUUGCCCAUGGCAAUCACGUCUACUUCCUGUUCUCCCGGCGGGACAUGUGGCACAAGAAAGAGUACCGGACCUACGCCUCGCGGCUCUGUGCCUCUGACCGAAGCUUCUACUCCUACGUGGAGGUGCCGCUGCUGUGCCACGGAGGGUACAACCUAGCUCAGGGGGCGUGGCUAGGGAACCACUCAGGAAACACCGCCCUCUUCAUCGUAAUGGCUGCCGGACAAGCUUCCACACCUGUAGCAACCGGACGCUCUGCGCUGUGCGCUUAUGGGAUGGCGGAGCUCGACGCCAUGCUGCGGCGAGCUCAGGAAGUGUGCUACACAGAGGGGGGAAGAGGAAGUAGCGGACAGGAAGAGGCCUACAUCGAAUACGCUGUGUCAUCAAAGUGUCUGAAAUUACCCAAGGACUCUCUGUCAGAAUACCCCUGUGGGGGGGAGCACACCCCAAACCCCAUCGCCAGCACCGUGCCACUCCAGGCCACGCCCAUUGUGACCUCCGCCACCCAGCUGACUGCCAUCACCACGGCAACAGAGGCUGGACAUACCAUCGCCUUCCUGGGAGACGUAGAGGGGCGACUGCAAAAGGUGUUGGUGCGCUCUGAUUGGUCAGGAUAUCUCUACGGUAGUAUCAUGGUGGACAAGGGGGGGGUCGUCAGAGCUGACCUCUUAUUGGACAACAGCCAGAAACACGUUUACGUUUUAACGAAUAGAAAGCUGUCGAAGGUUCCUGUGUCCACAUGUGAGAGACAGACAGACUGUCAGUCAUGUCUGUCUCUCAGAGAUCCGUAUUGUGGCUGGUGUGUCCUGGAGGGAAGAUGUUCCCGUAAGAACCAGUGUCUUCGUCACAUGCAGCCCAACCAUUGGCUUUGGAGCUUCGAACCGACCAAUCAGUGUGUGACAGUUCAGAGCCUGAUGCCGUCCAAUCAGAGCAAGGACGAGCAGACACAGGUAACUAUGUUAGUUGUCCAGCUUCCCUUUCUCACGGAGGAGGAGUCUCUGUCCUGUGUCUUCGGGCUCCUCCCCCCUCAGCCUGCUCGCGUCACAGCAACGAGCAUUUCCUGCCAAUCACCUGCUCCAGAGCUCCUCCCACCUAUGCUGAAAGGAAGGGAUCACAUGGUCUUGCCCGUGUCAUUGGUCUUUGGUCAUGUGACCAUCACCACAGGCCAUAUGACCUUCUACGACUGUGGAGCAGUAAGCCGCCUGAACCAGAGCUCCCAGUGUCUGGCGUGUCUCAGCAGUGUGUGGAGGUGUAGCUGGUGUCCUCUGGAUCAACUCUGCACGCACAACCACAGCUGUGCCAACCACCACAUUGUCCUCACCCAGAGAGAGUCCCCUGGUCCCUCUUCUUGUCCUUUGGUCUUUGCCCUGCAGAGUUCUGCCUUAGUGCCUCUGGGCCUGACCUCCACCGUCGUGCUGAGGGCACGAAACCUGGACGUCUACACUGAUGAAGCUCAGUAUGUGUGUGUCGUACAAAUCGAAGGAGUCCAGAUCAAUCUGACAGCUGCUGUAGAGAGAAGACCGGACAACACACAUAUCUUCACCUGUAGCCCACAUCAGUUCCAGAAUGCUGUUAGUCAGCUUCAGUACUCCACUGCUGUCUAUCUGCGUAGAGGAGAGAGACGUAUCGACAUCUCACCUGGCCUCCGACUCCAGCUCUACGACUGCUCUGCUGGCCAAUCAGAUUGCUCACAGUGCAGGGCGGUGCCUGAGGAGUACGGCUGUGUCUGGUGUUCAGAAAGUCCCGCCCCUGGUUGUGUUUACAACCAAUCCUGUACCAGCGUGCCCGCAAACACCUGCCCACCUCCUCAGAUCACACAGGUACUUCCUGGUUCUGGUCCGCUCGAGGGCGGGAUUCUGGUGACCAUUACAGGGUCAAAUCUGGGGAUGAGCUACCAGGACGUGGUGGGCGGAGUCACUGUUGCAGGUGUUUGGUGUCAACCUCAACCUGAGGGAUACCAGAUCUCCACCAGGGUUGUAUGUGAGCUGCAGUCCAGUGGGAAGCAGCGGGAGGGGCCUGUACUGGUUACCGUCGGAACAACUGCACCUGGAAAGUCAAAACAGAUCUUCACCUAUCAGGACCCACAGCUCUUAGAUCUUGUUCCUGACAAAGGUCCGGUCUCUGGAGGAACCAGACUGACCAUCAGAGGACGACAGCUGCUGACUGGACAGAAGUCUGACCUGAGGGCCUUCCUGGGCCCCCAACCCUGCUACAUUGUGGAGGAGGUGACUGACUCCCAGUUGGUGUGUCUGACUGGUCCCAGUAAUCAGACUGGAGAGGUCUCACUUCGGGUUAUGUUUGGUAAAGCAGAGAAAUCCAUUAGCAAUGUCACCUUUCGUUACCUGGACGACCCCGUUAUCAAGGACGCCACACCUGCAGAGAGCUUCAACGAAGGUGGGCGUGUUGUCAUGGUGACAGGGAUUAACCUGGACGUUGUGCAGCAGCCAAUCAUAUCGGUGUGGGUGGAGCCUCUGGUGGUCCAGAGGGUAAAACGGAGACGACGGUUGGCUCUUCUCACUGCCAAUCAGCUGGUCUUCAACAGAACAAAGACAACGGUGUCAGAGCACUGCUCCGUCCUGUCUUCCUCUCAGAUGACCUGUCUGACUCCCAGAGUGACCCCAGAAGUCACAGUGAGGGGUGUCUGGUUUCAGCUGGACAAUGUCAGAGUCCACUAUGAAAGUAUCAAGGGUAAAAGAUUCACGUAUUAUCCAAACCCAGAGCUGUUUCCUCUGAACAGAGAAGCUCCAGAUGUUCCGUACCGCUUUAAACCCGGAGGGGUGAUCGCUGUGGAGGGCCAGCACCUGACCAGAGCCAUGUCCAGACAGGAAGUGAUGGCUCGACUUGGAAAUCAGGAGUGUGAAGUUAAAACUCUGGACAACACUCACCUGUACUGUGAACCGCCGGAGAUUCAGCCGAUGAGUGUCGACGACGGCAAGGAGCUGCCCAGUCUCCAGGUGUUCAUGGGGAACCUGCGGAUGGACCUGGGUUUGGUUCAGUACGAUAGUGAUUCACUGUCCAUCGUCCCAUUGGCUGCUCAGAUCGGUUUGGGGGCAGGAGCAGCUCUCAUCAUCCUGUCAGUGUUAGUCAUCAUACUCAUUUACAGGAGGAAGAGUAAACAAGCUCUCAGAGAUUACAAGAAGGUUUUGCUGCAGCUGGAAACUCUGGAGAUCAACGUAGGGGACCAAUGUCGUAAAGAGUUCACUGACCUGAUGACAGAGAUGAUGGACCUCAGCAGUGACGUAGGAGGACCAGGACUUCCCCUGCUGGACUACAGGACUUACGCAGAGAGAGUCUUCUUCCCUGGCCAGCAGGUGGCGCCGCUGAGCCGCCAGCUGGACCUGCCAGAGUCCAGGAGGCCUACGGUAGAGCAGGGCCUCCAGCAGCUCAACAACCUGCUCAACAACCGCCUCUUCCUUACCAGGUUCAUCCACACUCUUGAGGCCCAGCAGGGCUUCUCUCAGAGGGACCGGGGCUACGUUGCCAGUCUGCUCACAAUAGCCCUGCACGACAAGUUGGAGUACUUCACCGAGGUAAUGAAGAGUCUGCUGCAGGACCUGGUGCAGCAGUAUGUUGUCAAGAACCCCAAACUCAUGCUGCGCAGGACAGAGACUGUUGUAGAAAAGAUGUUGACCAACUGGAUGUCGAUCUGCCUUUACUCCUUCCUUAAGGAAGUGGCGGGCGAGCCUCUCUACAUGCUCUACAGAGCCAUAAAAUACCAGGUGGACAAAGGGCCAGUUGACAUGGUAACGGGAAAAGCCAAGCGAACCCUUAACGACAGCCACCUGCUACGAGAAGACAUUGACUACUGCUCAAUGACUCUGAUGGUGUUGGUAAAGAAUGGAGUCGAGGUUCAACCCUGUCCUGUUAAAGUGCUCGACACGGAUACUAUCACACAGGUAAAGGAUAAAAUCCUGGAUCAGGUCUACAGAGGAGCACCGUUCUCUCAGAGACCAGCAGCAGAUAAUCUGGACCUAGAGUGGCGCUCAGGUCAAGCAGGUCACCUGACUCUGUCAGACGAUGACGUCACAGCGGUGAUUCAAGGUCGCUGGAAACGAGUAAACACUCUGCAGCACUAUAAGGUUCCAGAUGGAGCAACAGUCGCUCUGAUUCCUCGUUCUCAGAGUUCAGGUGCAGUCAACCAGGUCUUCCAGACUGGAGAGAAAACGCCGAUGCUGGAGGGUGAGGAGGAGGAGGGUCUACGUCUGUGGCACCUGGUGAAGAGCAGCGAAGAUCCAGAAAUUCCAAAACACAGAAAGAGCAGCAUGAGGGAGCGAGAGAGAGCAAAGGCCAUACCUGAGAUUUACCUGACCCGCCUGCUGUCUAUGAAGGGGACAUUGCAGAAGUUUGUGGAUGACGUUUUUGUGGCCAUUCUUAGUACAAAGCGUCCUCCUCCAAUAGCUGUGAGAUUCUUCUUUGACUUCCUGGACGACAUGGCGGAGAAACACGGUAUCGACGAUCCGGAGACUGUCCACAUCUGGAAGACUAACAGUCUCCCUCUAAGGUUCUGGGUGAACAUCUUGAAAAACCCCCAGUUUGUUCUGGACGUACAGAUAAGUGACAGCAUUGACGCCGUCCUGUCUGUCAUUGCUCAGACCUUCAUCGACUCCUGCACCACCUCAGAGCACAAAGUGGGAAGGGAUUCUCCUGUCAACAAACUGCUGUACGCCAGAGAAAUACCCAGAUACAAGCAGCUGGUUGAGAGGUAUUACUCUGAUAUCCACAGUGCUGCUUCAGGAUGUUAUCAGGAGAUGAACUCCACUCUGACGGAACUCUCUGGGAGUUUUGCCUCAGAGAUGAACAGUCUUGUUGCUCUUCAUGAACUCUACAAGUACAUAAACAAAUACUACGACCAGAUCAUCAUGUCUCUGGAGGAGGACACUUCAGGUCAGAAGAUGCAGUUGGCCUAUCGGCUGCAGCAGGUUGCUGCCCUGGUGGAGAACAAGGUCACUGACCUCUGAUGGCCUGUGGCCCCUUAAACCUGGUUCCAGGAAGUCAUGACUUCAGACCCUGCGACCCUGAAGAUUUAAGGACAAGCUUCCUAUUGGACAUCUGCAGCAGCUCUAAGACUAUAAAUUAUAAUCCUGUUGACAUUGUCUUCCUGCUGAGUGUGUGUGUGUUUACAGUCAGACUCAGGAGAUUCUGUUUUUUAGAAGAUUUAGAUGAAUGAACCUGAACCGAUCUGACAAUCUAAACAAUCAGAUGAUUUCAUCAUCACCUGCUGCCUUGCACUACAUUUCCCAGAACCCUCUGCGCUUUGGCUGUUUGCCUGCUAAUCUCCGAUCUGCUGUAUGUUUCUAUUCAGCAGUAUUGUUAACUUUUACUACUGAAACCAGCACAAUCCUGCUUCAGGAGCUUUAAAGAGUUCUACUGAACACAAUAUCUUUUAAACAUUGUUUUCGGUGAGAAUCCAGUUUUAACUUCCCCUCCCUACCAGCAGUGGGUCCACUCAGUCUUCCUCACUUCCUGCCGAGGCCACUUUGACUCAAUCAGGAUUCAGGUUUGCAUUAGUAACAGGGUUCACCUUCUCAUGGUGAUGAUAACCACUGGACAACAUCUGUAAAAGCUGGAAAACAGAAACCAGAAUCAUUGUGAAAGGUUGAUGUAUGAUAGGAUCUUAAACUCUAUGUUGCUAACUUAUUACAUGUACAUACUGUGAGUUCUAUUUAUUCCUUUUUAUUCCAGCUCUGCCUUCAGGCUAGCAGCUAGAUGGCGCUGUCUGUCCUUCUUACAACAGCAUUAUGUGUCCCAUUGCAUGAUGGGAAAAUAACUUAAUGAAGAUUUUUGAACCAGGGAGGGAAAACAACAAAGUAAUUGUCUGCCAAGCCCCAACCAGCCCAAGUUUGAUUGGUUGAUGGAAUUAUGCAUUAUGCUAGUUGAUGGAAUUAUGCCUCACUCGUGGGCUUGGGAUGUUACGAUGUAACAGAAAGCAAUAAAAAAGACAUAAUGUCCAGGUUGUACUAACCCACCGGGUUGCCUCCCUCUGGUUUGGGUUUCUUUGUAGAUUUGUCACCAAAGGAAGAUGCAGAGUUGAAACAGUCUUUAUAUGUUACUCUGUGAGACAGGGUAGUCCCUGGACUCUCCUGGACCCUUCACCUAAUACUUCCUGGACUCUCCUGGACUCUUACCAGAUACUUCCUGGACUCUCCUGGACCCUUCACCUAAUACUUCCUGGACUCUCCUGGACUCUUACCAGAUACUUCCUGGACUCUCCUGGACCCUUCAUCUAAUACUUUUUGGACUCUCCUGGACUCUUACCAGAUACUUCCUGGACUCUCCUGGACCCUUCACCUAAUACUUCCUGGACUCUCCUGGACCCUUCAUCUAAUACUUUUUGGACUCUCCUGGACUCUUACCAGAUACUUCCUGGACUCUCCUGGACCCUUCACCUAAUACUUCCUGGACUCUCCUGGACCCUUUCCAGAUACAGACCAUGUUUUCCAGUGUAAAUGGACUUAACUGACACCAACCGCAUCAGGCCAUAACUAAACACACUUCCUUUCUGGUGCUGACAUAUUUUGGUAUUAAAUGCAUUGGAUGAUCUUCCUUCUGUAUCUUCUAGUAUUUCUGAUGCUUAUAUCUGAAUGUUGAUCUCUUGUGUGUAUUUUCGCCUUGGUUGUUUUUGACUUAGUUGUAGUUCACUAAUCAGAUCAGAACUUUGCAUGUGUGUGAUGAUUUGUUUUAGAAUGAAACCUGGGUGACGUAUGUAAAUGUGGCAGAAGGUCCUGCUUUGAGCCUUGACCUCCUUGUCUCUGUACAGUUUUUUAAUCUUCUGAGACAUGAUGAAACAGAUCCUCAGCUCUGAUUGGUCGAGCUCUGUUUGUUACUGAAAUGUUUUUCUAUAAGGGAUUCAAACUUUAAAGGAUUUGUGUAAGAUGACUCGUGGAUCAGAUGUGACGAAGCACAAACUGUUUUUUACUGACUGUAAAGUUUACAACAAUGUGUAAAUGUGCCUGUAAAUAACUCACUGAGGAAGAUGAUGAUGAUGAUGUGCUUUUAUUGUGAAGAGGCAGAGGGCCCAACACAAUUUGUAUCAUGUCAAAAUAAAGUUACAAUUUA